ACUCAAUAAUUUUCAGAUAAAUUCGCACCAGUGUCGUUACUUUCCACGGUUAUCUUCUUACGUCUGGUUUCUACUUUCUACUUUCUACUUUCUACCUUCGCGGUUUGACGACUGUGUUCAUCGUUCACCGAUUGAAUAUUAGGGGCGGAUAUGGAGGUCAAAUGAAUGUUGCAUACAGCAUAUGAGAAGUGUGGAGAGGUCUAUCAACUACAUGUCUUCUAUUUACCUGUAAUUUGAGGAUAUACUUGAGCUGAAAAUACUAGUUUCCAUGGCUGUGCAAGUUGGCUUAGGACGCAGUAAUUUUGUCCCAAUUUCUGUAGCCUCCUUGUGUCCAUGCUCGCGGGCUCGUCCUUUUUUGAAACCCCUUGAAUUUCCAUCCGCUUCAACAAAAUUGAACAUUAGAUUAACUAGGAUGGUUUCGGAUGAUAUGUACGGGAUUCCAGUAACUAUCCUGACAAGACAUCGAACAGUUAUGGCUGUGGCAAGAGCUGAACCAGAUCGACUUGAUGAAGGAGAAGCCAAAGAGGAAGUUGACGAAGGCAGCAGUCUAUUGGAAAAGGAGGAGAUACAUAUAGAAGAGCAACAUAAAGCUAGUCAGUUGAAGAACCGAGUAAUAUUUGGAUUUGUGAUUGGCAUUUCAGUAGGAGGCAUCAUACUUGCUGGAGGAUGGGUGUUUACCAUUGGUGUUGCUGCUGCAGUUUUUAUCGCCGCAAAAGAGUACUUUGGAUUGGUAAGGAGUGAUGGGAUCGCUGUGGGAAUGACACCGCCGCCUCGAUAUGUGUCAAGAGUUUGUUCUGUAAUUUGUGCUCUCUUGCCUAUUUGGACCUUAUAUGCUGGUCACAUUGACAUCUCGGUAACAUCUGCAGCUUUCAUUGUUGCAACAGCUUUGCUUUUACAGAGAGGAAAUCCUCGCUUUGCACAGCUUAGUAGUGCCGUGUUCGGGUUGUUUUAUUGUGGCUAUCUGCCUUGUUUCUGGGUCAAGCUUCGAUGUGGUUUAUCACUUCCAGCCCUGAACACGAAUAUUGGAUAUUCCUGGCCUGUUCUACUUGGUGGCCCUACACAUUGGACUGUAGGUCUUGUGGCAACCUUAUUAUCUAUAAGCAGCAUUAUUGCCGCAGAUACAUUUGCUUUUCUUGGAGGCAAGGCAUUUGGCCGGACUCCGCUUAUUAAUAUUAGCCCUAAGAAGACAUGGGAAGGAGCUUUUGUAGGUUUGGCUGGAUGUGUUGCAACUUCUGUCAUAUUAUCGAAGAUACUUUGCUGGCCAAAGUCGUUGCCAAGUGCAGUUGCAUUGGGGUUUCUGAAUUUCUUCGGGUCGUUGUUUGGUGACCUGACUGAGUCAAUGAUAAAACGAGAUGCAGGUGUUAAGGAUUCUGGUUCUCUUAUACCAGGACAUGGUGGAAUACUAGACAGGGUAGACAGUUACAUAUUUACUGGCGCGCUCGCGUAUUCUUUUGUUAAAACUUUCCUGCCACUUUCUGGUGUUUGAUUCACUUAUUGCCAUCGGCGUGUGAAAUUGAGGAAGAGUUUUCGGUGCAGACAAGCUUUUCAUAGGCGAAGCUUACAGAGAAGUGGUCAGUAACUUAUUGCAAAGUAUGAGUAGUUUAGUCCCAUACUUGCCCAGUUUUGUUUGUACAGAUUCUUUUCAGUCCUUAGAUUAAGGCCCAUAAUUAAGUAAUUUUUCUUUAUAUGUCCAUAUUACUCCCUACAGUUUAUCUUUAUCGCAAACUUCGUAUUCAUUCAGGGUAAGCUUUUAGGGCAAUAACAGUUUCAGUUUCACAAGUUUAUGUACUCGGUAAUUUGUGUGGGAAUCAAAAUAAUGCCUGGAUACUUGUUUAUUAUCA